CAGAGACAGUGGAGCCAGCCCCAUGACUUCGCUGACAGUAGUGAAGUGUAAACGCGAAGUUCUAGGAAGUGAAUGGAUUGUAACACUUUAGUGAAACAGGCCAAGAACACAGGGAUUUGCACGAAGAAUUAGAAAGGUAAUGGACAAGCUUCGUAGUGUGUUGAGCGGUCGGGAGCAGAACGAGGAACAAGGACUUACUGCUCAGGUCCUGGACGCCUCCACACUCAGCUACAGCACACGACUCAAAUGGUUCGUCAUCUGCUUCGCUUCCGGAAUCCUGUGCUCCAUCCUUGGGACAGCGUUGCUCUUCUUGCCCAAAGGCAUGCAUCUCUUUGCUGUGUUCUACACCUUGGGGAACGUCGCAGCCUUGUCCAGCACCUGUUUCCUCAUGGGACCCCUGAAGCAGCUGAAGCGCAUGUUUGAGCCCACCAGGCUGCUCGCCACGUGUGUGAUGCUGCUCUGCUUCAUAUUGACUUUGUGUGCUGUCUUUUGGUGGGAUAAGAAGGGGCUGGCCAUUAUCUUCUGCAUACUCCAGUUUUUGGCGAUGACAUGGUACAGCAUCUCCUACAUUCCAUUCGCCAGGGAUGCUGUGUUGAAGUGUUUCACUACAUGUCUGAAUUAAAUCAUCUUACUGCCAUAUCCUGUGAAGACUGGUCCCGAUAUGCAAAAGAGAGUAAAUAUGUAAAAUACGUUUUUUAUUUAAUUUGUCUGAAGAUUUUCUGCCUUAAAAUAUACUAUGAGCGAUAUAUUUUGGAGCACAGUCAAGUCAGCCACUUUUAGAGACGAUGUAUACACUGCAACAAAAAUAGAACGAAAUAAAUCUUAGUUGGUAAUCUAAUUUUAAUUGUUAAAUAAUUUUUUUUACCUAAUCUAACAAGAUUAUUUUAAUUUUAAUUUAUAUAUUGCUUUGCUUCAACAUCAAGAAGAUUUUUCGAAUCCCUGUGUCAGAUAAUUUUUCUUAUUUUAAAUUGUGCAUAUUGUAUUUCUUUUAGGUUGCAUUUUAUUUACAGUAUAUGAACUAACUUUGCUCAGCUGUGUACGUGCGCUAGCAGAAAUCAAGACUUUUAUAUUUUGAAUGUGUUUAUGCUUUGGGUGUGAGAGCAGAAUGCUUGAUGAACAUAUUUAAGAAUGUUUAUAGUAAUAUUUCCUAUGACAGUGACACUAUGUUUUUCUGAGUUUCUCCAACUCCUUUCUUCAUUCCAUGUAAAAUUGGGAACAAGCCAUGCUUUUUGUGUCAUAUCCUCGGUAAUACAUGCAUCAUAUUAACCGUUUUGCACCAUGUAAAGACCGUUUAUUUUUACAGAUAAUUUUGACCUUCACUUCUUAUAAUAAAGUACUUGUAUUCAAUUCAA